UCAUGGAACCCAGUUACAGGGCUUUGGUAAUUCAGCCCUGUAACUGGGAGUCAUAACAUAAACAAUCCCAGGAGCACCUGGCAGAAGAAGAUAGAAUAUGCCUGGGAACUUGGGGCCGAAAGUAUAAACAAUUAUAAUUGGUUUAGUGUGUGAAAAUGGUAGUAAUGUGAUAUUGGGGGUGGGACUUGAUGAUGAUAUUUACGUGUGGUGUUACGUAGCAUCAAAAGUUAUAAAAAUAGUUGUAUGUAAACAUUGGGUCAUUCCUGACUUUUCCAAAGUCAUGUGUUCUUCAAUAAAGAUUGGAUUUGAGAGCAGCCAUCUCUGAUCUGCGUUCAGACUGAUCCUUUGAAGUGAGCAGGACAAUUAAGUCAGGAAUCCAGUUCUCACCCUCCUGCAAAUUUGCAGUGAAGUGAUAAUGAGCAGGGAAGGAGAUCAAAGCCAUGACGGAGCAAAGGGGCCUCCGCUGGGAGCUCUGCCGUUGGCAGAAGAGACAUUGCAAGCCAUAGCUUCCUCUACGGGGUACCCCAAGCCGGACGGCGUGACCCAGAGGAUUCCCAGAGGGGGAAGAGGCGUUCCGGCGGCGGCAGAAACCAGUUGGGGAUCUGGAGGAAGCAUGCCGGAGACCGUGGCCCUGCGGUUAUCCAUCCUGGAAACUCAUUUAUCCAGGCUGUCGGAUACCGUGGGGAGAAUAGUGCCAAUAUUGGAAGAGAAUCUCCAAAAAGAGCACAUCCGAUAUGGCGCCGAGAGAGAGCCAAGCAAAGGAGGCGAAUGGAGCCAGAGGGGACAGCGAGCUUCAACGCAGAGUCCCGCGGCGGCAAGGGAUGAGGGAGACGAGGAAUAUUGGCAGGAGCUGGAGUUCAGAGACAGAAUGGCACGCGAAGUGGAGCGCCAGCGAGCUCUGGGAACUCUGAGGCCGCCAUCUCCAACAGAGCUCCCAACCCCCCGGAUGGGCGUCGGGGUGGAAAGACCACUGGGGCCAGGGAUCGGGUCCAGUGGAUUAGCAGACGAAGGCGGAGAGGAGCAGGAGAUCCAGGAAGAGGAGGAGGAUGUGCCGUACGACGGGGAAAGGCGAGAUGCGGGGGCUACAGCGAGGCCAGUAUGCGGAUGGGGGGAAGGGCCGACAGCGGCGGCAGGAUUUCGGGAGCCGCGCAGAAUGACCACCGGAGUGGGGCGCGGCGUGAUCCAAGGAAACCCGAUGCAACCCUUCCCCAUGCCUCCCAGACAGCAUCAACGGGCCGCUGAAUGGAUGCCAAGAAGGGAAGAUCUCAAGCUAGAAUACGGAGGGGAAUCAGCCGAACUGAACUUUUUUCUAAUUAGCAUCAGGGGAUACAUGGAAGACAAUGCACACACAUUCCCCUCCGAAGCAAGCAGGGUUCGGGCCAUCGGCAACACACUAAAGAGAGGAGCGGCCAGCUGGUAUGUGCAACUACAUGCCAGACAGGACCCAUGCCUGAGGUCAGUGCCCCGCUUCCUUGCCGCACUGGAAAACCGGUUCAGAGACCGGCUAGAGCAAUUGAGAGCUCGAGACCAGCUUAGAGGAAUAAAGCAGAGGGACAAAACGGUGCCCGAGUACGCAGAAGAAUUCCUCCACCUCGCGGAAAGGGUACCAGAGUGGUCUGAAGUGACCAAAGUGGAAUUAUUUAAAGAGGGACUACGCCCCGAGAUUUUCAGCUGGGCAGCGCACAGAGAUGACCCCGAAACGCUCCAGGGAUGGAUUCAACUAGCGGGGCGCGUUGAAUCCACCCUGGCCCAAGUAAAGCGCUUCAGGAGCAGCGGCGGCCAGCAAAGACCGGUGGCGAGAGGUCGAGGAGAAACGAGGAAGCAGGAAAGACCCGGAGGGAGGCCGGGGAUUCCCUCCAGAGGAGACGACAACAAACCUAAACCGGGAUGCUUUGUAUGUGGGAAGACGGGCCAUCGAGCAGCAGAAUGCUGGGCACGGAAGGGGGAGCCGCCAAAACCCUCAAAGCCCAAGCCAGCAACCGGGAGGCGUGCGGAGGAGGAGGUGCGAGCCCCAGAAUCUUCAGAAAAAUUGGCUUGUGAUGAAAGAAGAACCGAAGAGGAGGACGAAGAAAAGGAGGGCACCAUGUCAUGGAACCCAGUUACAGGGCUUUGGUAAUUCAGCCCUGUAACUGGGAGUCAUAACAUAAACAAUCCCAGGAGCACCUGGCAGAAGAAGAUAGAAUAUGCCUGGGAACUUGGGGCCGAAAGUAUAAACAAUUAUAAUUGGUUUAGUGUGUGAAAAUGGUAGUAAUGUGAUAUUGGGGGUGGGACUUGAUGAUGAUAUUUACGUGUGGUGUUACGUAGCAUCAAAAGUUAUAAAAAUAGUUGUAUGUAAACAUUGGGUCAUUCCUGACUUUUCCAAAGUCAUGUGUUCUUCAAUAAAGAUUGGAUUUGAGAGCAGCCAUC